UAGUACAAGCUUAUUCUUUCUUUUGUAGUCAAUGACAUUCACAAAAUAAAUUCAAGCCUGUGGCUUCUCAAAUGAUAUCGAAUUUCGAUCAAACGAUAUAACCUCCGGCAUUUCCGUUCCAAACGCUGGUGAAUGUCCAACGUUAGUGCAAAUCUGUAUCCUUCAUUGAAAUUAGAAAAAAAGAAACGAUUCAGGGUUUCGGACAAUUGAGCUCAGACAGCAAGUGCGAACAAGUCGGCCAUUUUGUCAGACCGGUAGCAACAAUAAAGUCUUGAACUUUAAGGACUUCGAAGUUCUAAUCCGGUGUUAAAGAAGUUUUUGGGUAGCCGGGUAAAAAUUUAAUAUUUCAGUCAUUUUGAUCGACAUGUAGAGUUUUCAAUACUAGUAUAAAAUUGUCGAUAGUUACGAAAUAAUGACCUAUGAUACUGGUGGACUUGCAUUAGAUCCUUCCGAGGAGCAAAAUUAUGAGAAUGCCUCAAACAGUGUUCAACAUAGUGAUCCAAAUUCAGAAAGUUUAAUAGCUGACUUUCCAGAAGAAAAACUGUCAUCACUUUACAUAAAAAUAUCCAGCUCUCGUUGGGUAGUACCAGUACUACCAAAUCAAGAAUUAGAAUGUCUACUUAAUGCUGCUAUUAAGCUUUCGCAAGCCGGGAUAGACAAAGAAUGCGAACCAUGCAUGAAAUUCUACCGGGACGGCCUAACAACCUCUUUUUUGAAAAUACUCACUGAUGAAGCGGUUUCUUCCUGGAAAUAUAACAUACAUCAUUGUAUUCUCAUGUCAUGUGAUAAACUACUUCAUUUGAUAGCUUUACACAUGAAGAACGAUAAUCCUGAUCUACUAAAUCUUCUGGCAGUAGUUUUUGAUCCUGAAAACAAAUUUCAUACUCAAAACGCAUCUCGUCAGGUAGAACUGCAUUUGUCAUUAGGUGAAUCCGAAGAGUCACUUGAAGACAGCAAUGUUUUCGCUAGAUCACCUCCCGAGCCUAAAAAUCCUCGCGGUUGGCUGGUUGAUUUGAUCAAUCGAUUUGGAGAGUAUAAUGGAUUUAUCAAUUUUUUGGAUCGGAUUCAAAUAGGCUUAACAUUGUUUCGUCAACAGCGAGAGACAAAAAAUCUUAGAACGGGAACAACGACAACAGCUCUGUCGGAUAGAAACACUCGCUCUGAAUUAUCAAAAACUUCAAAUUCCAGCCCCAUUAAAAUUGAAUUGGAUGAGCCCGGGAAAUUAACACUGUCGAUAUUGUACAGUCUUCUGCGUCCAUUUGGACAAUGCGCUGAACUGUUAAGUUCGUCUACAAUAGAAAAAUUUUUUAUGCCGAUUUGGGAUGUAGUAUUAGAAAUUCUACAAACUCUUUCCGACGACGAAUUGAAACGUGAAGCAAAGUUUGAAGGAAAAAAUGAUACUAUCACAGGGAUUGUAAAAUAUGCUCGAGCUUUAAUAAACCGCGUUCCAAAUCAAGAAGACUUGCUGCGCACUUUUGAAAUGUGUCGAUUAGGAAUCAUACUACGCGUUCUGCAAAUUUCCAGUUUCAAUGGUAAAAUGAAUGCAUUAAACGAAAUCAAUAAAGUACUUGGAUGUGUAUCUUACUAUCCUCAUCGUCAAAUUACGGAAGAUGAAAUGGACGGUCUGAACGCAGUAAAAAUGGCGAAAUGGAUUCGAGACAAUGAUGUUUUAGGAAUAGUGCUGAGAGAUUCACUACACCAGCCACAGUAUGUAGAGAAGCUGGAGAAGAUACUUCGUUUUCUAAUUAAAGAAAAAGAACUUACAUUCGAUGAUUUAGAUGCCGUGUGGCGAGCUCAAGCAGGAAAACAUGAAGCAAUAGUUAAGAACGUACAUGAUCUUUUGGCCAAACUUGCCUGGGACUUUAAUGCCGAGCAGCUGGAUCACUUGUUCAAAUGUUUUCAGGCAAGCAUGAAAACGGCUACCAAAAAACAAAGAGAACGAUUACUAGAAUUAAAUCGCCGAUUAGCGGAAGAUGACAAGAACGGUGUUAUGGCGCAGAAGGUUCUUAAGUUAUUCUGGACAUUAGCGCAUAGCUCUGAUAUUCCCCCCGAAGUACUCGAUCAGGCACUGGCUUCACACGUAAAAAUUCUAGAUUAUAGUUGUUCCCAAGAAAGGGAUGCUCAAAAAACAAUGUGGUUAGAUAAAUGUAUUGAAGAGCUUAAAGUUGGAGAUGAGUGGGCACUUCCAGCAUUACGACUUAUUCGUGAGAUAUGCACCCUCUAUGAAACUACUUCAAGCCAUACACCAAGAAUACAUCAAAUGUUAACCAGACAACAAGUAAUCGACAGGUUACAAAAUGAACAUACACUAGUUAUACUAGUGACAACUAGUUUGACUAAAUAUAUGGAUAAAGUACGAAUUCAAGUACAACAGGCCCCACAAUUAAAUCCUAUGAAUCUGAUACUAGACAAACGAUACCCACAUCCCCAACAAAUACAAGAAAGGCUUGAAUUUUUGAAAUUUCUACUAAAAGACGGUCAACUAUGGCUUUGCGCUGAACAGGCAAAACAGAUUUGGCAAUGCUUGGCGGUAAAUGCAGCUUUUCCAAGUGAUCGUGAAGAAUGUUUUCGAUGGUUUGGUAAACUAAUGGGUGAUGAGCCGGACUUAGAUCCGGGAAUUAAUAAAGAUUUUUUCGAAAAUAAUGUAUUAAAAUUAGACCCGAUUUUAUUGACAGAAAGUGGCAUAAAAUGUUUUGAACGUUUUUUCAAAGCCGUAAACGCAAAAGAGGAACGCUUAAAAGGCAAACAGCGCGGCUAUGUUCUCGAUAAUGAGAAUCUUAUCGGAAAGGAUUAUCUCUGGCGGGUUAUAACUGAUGCUGAUGAAGAUAUCGCUUUCAAAGCAAUAGAAUUGCUGAAAGAGGUAUCGACUGCCCUGGGUCCAAGAUUACAGUUGAAUUUGAAUGAAUUCCACGAAAACUUCAUUAGCGAAUGCUGUGAUAGACUACAAAAUUACUACGAGACUGUUAAGAUGUUAUCUGGUGUAAUCGAAGUAAAUUCGAAACUAGCAGAAAAUGAUAUUAGUAGUACAAGAUUCCAUACAGCAGAAAAAAUGUGCCGAAUAGUGAAAACACUUCAAGAGUAUAUAAAAGAAUGUGAUAAAAACUUUACAGGAGAGCGAAUGCUAUUACCAUUAAGUCGAGCGUCGCGUGGCAAGCACAUCAAUCUCUACAUACGCUUCCAAAACCCAGGACGACACCUAGAAGAUUUGGAAAUGGUUACGCAUAACAACGAGACAGUACAAUCUUUCAAGCGUAAUCUUAUGAAACGAAUCAAAGCAACGACAAAUAAUUUGAAAAUUGAUUUGUAUAAUUGUAACGGAGAGGCAAUUGAGAUAAUCGAUGACCGUCAUCCUUUGUCUAAUUAUAACAUUCGUGACAAAAUGUUAAUCACAGUCAAACUGACACCAAGUGGGUCUGGAUUAGCUAGUUCGCCUGAUAGUUCAAGUGACAGCAGUUCUGAUUCGCCGCCGCGACCAUGUCCUGAUAUGCAAAGAUCUGAAUCUGAGGAAAUGCUCCCUGGAGUGAUUAUUUCUCAGAAGCCAUCUUACAUGGAUUUUUUCCUUAAAAUCUACCAGCUGGGAAGUGACCUUCAGCACGGUUUGUUACGUGAUAGUUGUGUUUUUUUAUUACAUCUUUUACCAUUGGAUAGGCAGACAGUGACGAACAUUCAAGCCAUGUGUAAUAUCAAACAUGCAGAGAUAACUAUUUCACUGGUGGACAAUAACAGUUUUAAUCGUACUCCGGAAGCACUUUUCAUCGAUCCAAGUUCGGCGCGUAUCCUCUACAAUUUAGAAGUGUUGCAUGCAAUGCUCAUACCUGCAUUGGAUUCCGGUAGUGAACAGACACUUCAUUUGCAAUCGUGCUGGUUGCAAUGCGGGGCAUCACAUUUCAUUCUCGAUCUUUUAACGAAAAAUAAUUUUCUAACUACCGCUGAUAUGCAUACGAAGCGUGCUGCUUAUCAUUGUGUUCUCAAAAUAGUCAAAUUUUUCCUUUACAUUGUGGGUUGCAUUCUUGGCAAGGUCGGCAAUAAUCCUAAGAAUUUCCACACAGAUACCGACCGCUCGCAAGUUGAUAUUGUAAAACAAGUUAUACAAGCUAUUCCCGGAAAUUCUGAUUUGACUAUUAGAUCCGUAGCAGUUAAGCUCGCUCAGAAUAUCGCCGAUGAAAUGUUGACUCCUAGUGCAGAAGGUGAUAGGUAUCGCAACCUAUAUCAAUCAGCGCUACAUUGGAAUUUGCCAGAUAUGCCUACUAUAAAAGCAAUAGUCAAUCUUGCCUGGGCUGCUUCAGGUAAUAACUUGGAAUCGAUUGGAUCAUCAGUUGACUUUAGUAAGGACAUCACUACUCCAGAACUGGAUGAUUUUGCGGUUUGCAAAGAAGCUCUAGAAGUACUCUGCAUUGCACUAGUUCUACAUUAUAAUGCAUAUGAUACACUUAGUCGUGAUAACGCCUGGUCGAACUUCAUACAAUCACUGGUUCUCGUGAAUCCUUCGCGUCAUAUACGACAAACUGCAUACGAACAAUUUUUUCUCAUUACCACUUACUGUGCGUCUGAUAGACGACCGUUUUUAUUUAUGGUGAAAUUGUUGAUCAAACUUUUAAGAACAGUAAUUCCACAGCAUCAACAAUCUUGCGCUGACUAUUUCCAGUUGUUUUGUCGAAUUCUUAGCUAUGGAUGUUCCAAUAGUUGGCCAUUGCCGAUAUGCGAAGAAUUGUUGAUGCAAGAGAUUGAAUGGCUUCGUACAGUGCGCGAUAGUGUAAAAUCAACGGGCGGUAUUCGAGUACAUGAUGAUCUUCUAGAAGGCCACCUGUGUCUAACAAAAGAACUAAUGUGUUAUCUUAGCCCGGAACUCAAAUCACAAAGAUGUGACUUAAUAACGGAACUUACGGAUGAUUAUCUCUUCAUAGCUUCUCGUCAAUAUUUACAUUUGCGUCGCAAUGGCCAAAUACUCGACAUCAACGCUCCUCCACCCGUGUGCCGUAAUCCACACACAAUUUCUGCGGCAUAUGAUUUGUUAGUUGCCUUGUGUCAGAAUUGUCUCGAAAAUAUGAAAAUUCUUGUUAAAAUUUUGCUCGAUAUGUUUUUCACGGAUAUCGAGCCACUGCGUGAGUGGGAAUACUUACCUCCGGUGGGACCUCGUCCGACGCAAGGCUUUUGUGGACUGAAAAAUGCUGGUGCUACCUGUUAUAUGAAUUCUGUGUUACAACAACUUUUCAUGGUGCCAUCAUUGAGAGUAGGAAUAUUAACAGCACAAGGGGCUUCGACUAAUCCGAAUGAGGAUUUUAGUGGAGAAUGGGAUUCUCACCAGGUACAAGAAGGUGAUGAUGCAGCUCAAAAAAACUAUCACGUAGGAAUUUUAAAGCACGUUCAAGCUAUUUUCGCUCACCUUGGCCAUAGUUCACUUCAGUACUACACUCCGCGAGGAUUAUGGAGUCAUUUCAAGCUUCAAGGGGAACCGGUGAAUCUUCGAGAGCAACAAGAUGCAGUAGAAUUUUUCAUGUCCCUUUUUGAAAGUUUGGAUGAAGGUUUAAAGACGUUGGGCUAUCCACAACUCAUGGGUACUACGCUAGGUGGAUGUUUCAGUGAUCAGAAAAUUUGUCAGGAUUGUCCACAUCGGUAUAGCAAGGAUGAGCCUUUUAGUGCUUUCAGUGUAGAUAUUAGAAAUCAUAGUUCGCUUACUGACUCUCUUGAACAAUAUGUUAAAGGAGAAAUUUUAGAAGGCGCGGAUGCUUACCAUUGUGAUAAAUGUGAUAAAAAGGUGGUGACCGUAAAACGGUUAUGCGUGCGGAAGCUGCCACCGGUUCUAGCUAUUCAACUUAAGCGAUUCGAAUAUGACUACGAGAGGGUGUGUGCGAUAAAAUUUAAUGAUUACUUUGAAUUUCCUCGUUGGUUAGAUAUGGCACCAUAUACAGUCUCGGGGUUGGCGAAAAUCGAAGGCGAAGUGAUAGACUUAGAUGACAACAAACCAGAAGACUCAACUGAAACUCGUUUCCAGUUAACAGGCAUCGUUGUACAUAGUGGGCAGGCGUCUGGUGGACACUAUUUCAGUUACAUACUACACAAGUCGCCAGAUGGUUUUGAAAAGUGGUAUAAAUUUGAUGAUGGUGAAGUUUCUGAAUGCAAAAUGAACGAAGAUGAAGAAAUGAAAGCACAGUGCUUUGGUGGAGAUUAUAUGGGAGAAGUUUAUGACAACAAUUUGAAAAGAAUGCAGUACAGACGUCAGAAAAGGUGGUGGAAUGCAUACAUGCUCUUUUAUACUCGGCGCGACCACACAGCAUUGACACAUAUUAAUUGCAUCGAGCAACUGUCAUUAGCAGAAAGCAAGCAUUGCAUAUUACCAAUGCCAGAACCAAUAGAACGAAGCGUAAGGACACAGAAUAUACGAUUUCUUCAUGCCAAAAGUUUGUUUUCAAUGGAAUUUUUCACAUUUAUCAAAAAACUAGUUAGUUUACCACAACUACAAAGAAGUGAGAAAGUAGAAAAACUGCCUCCAGCUGCUGAGGAGUUGUCAUUACAAAGUAUGCAAUUAGCGUCUCAGUUCCUAUUUCACUCAGGAUACAGAACAAAGAAAUCCAUUCGAGGUGGAGCUAUUGACUGGUACGAAAUACUUUGUCAGCAUCUCAGGAUUUCGGCCGUUGUCAGAAAAUGGUUCUCAGAAAAUAUAUUGUUAAAUCCACCAACACGAUUAAGUGAGUACUUAUUGGCAGCUCCAUCUCCCGAAAUACGUUCGGUUUUCGGAAAGCUAGUCGUAUUCUUUUGCCACUGUGCUGCCAAUGACGAACCUAUCCAAGGAUACGAAGGAAGUAAUUUGAGUGAACAAAUUCUAAUCGCUGCGUUAUCGUUGUUGAAAGGAGAUGUUGCAGAUUUUGGAAAGAACUUACCACAGUAUUUUAAUCUAUUCAGCCUUUAUGCCAGUUUGGGAGUUCAAGAGAAGCUGCAACUAAUAAGGCUCAACGUUCCUGCCAUUUUUAUAAAGGUUGCGUUAGAUGAAGGCCCUGGAGGUCAAAUUAAAUAUCAGUAUCCCGAUUUAAGUAAGCUCCACCAUGUAGUUUCGCAUUUAAUACGCUCCUGUGACAUUUCAAGUAGAUGCCAAAGUUCAAACAGUAUGGUUUCUGUAAAACCAAAUAUUUAUAUCGAUCCGCACAUAACGUAUGACGCAAUGCUGCCUCUCUCAAUGGAAUGUUGCGAGUAUCUUUUCAAUAGAGUUAGCUACACCAAACGAUUAAUUGAGGAUACAAAUAUUGGCGAUGAAGGCAUUAAGCUGUUGCAAUAUUGUAGUUGGGAAAAUCCUCAUUUUUCCCGAUCGUUACUAGCAGAAUUGUUAUGGCACUGUGGAUAUGCAUACUGGCACGAAAUGAGACACCACACAGAACUUUUGCUUCAUAUAUUACUUAUUGAAGAUUCCUGGCAAAAUCAUAGGAUACACAACGCUAUUCUUGGCAUUUCGGAUGACAGAGAAGGCCUUCUGGAUAUAAUUCAAAGAAACAAAAUGAAUUACCAAAAACGAGCAUACCAAUGCAUAAAAUGUAUGGUUCAACUCUUUAAUCGCAGUCGAGUCGCUUUGAACAUGCUUCAUAAUACACUACAGCUUGGACGACAAUGGGCACAUGCUGUGGAGUGGUUACAAGAUGAAUUAGAUCGACACAGGGGAUCUGGAGGACAAUAUAAUUAUAAUUCAUGGUCACCACCUGCGCAAAGCAACGACAGCACAAACAGUUUUGUUUUAGAGCGAUCUCAAUCUGCCAGAAACGUACUUCAAAUGGCAUUUGAAAUUUGUCCCGAAGAAGAUCAGGAAGAUCAAAAUGAACACGAAACAGAAGAUAAUGAAAAUUUUCAAGUAGUUAUAUCUACUCCGACAGCCAUAAACGAUACAACGAAACAUGCUUGUGUCCAAAAACAGCAGGCGUUGCUAAGUACAUCGCAAGAAGAAAACCGAAACUCUAGUCCGUCUACUCUAACUAAUGUUAGUAAGAUAUUGUCAAAAGUAAACAUUCACGCGGAUGUAGCAUGUGACUCAAAUUUAAAUGAAAACAUUCAUAAUGUGAACUUAACAACUAAAGCUUGGCCAGAAACCAUGUUGGAGAAAGAUACAAUUCUGAUAAUACCUGAGAAAAAUGCAUCCGAGCUCAUUAGUCAGAAUAAAAGUACAUCAUCUCCGGAUUCAUCGACAUCUAGUACAAUACCUAACAAUUUGUUAACCUGCGGUAUGGAUCAGCAGACCUAGGAUUUACUGCAACGUUCAUUUUGCUGUUAUGUUCAUAUUGCGACUACGUAUGUUAUGUACACCAUAUGACUACGUAUAAACACCGGAAAUCGGAAAGAAAUGUGUAUAAAUUAUAUUAUUUAUAUAAGUUAUUUAAAUUUCAGAACCAAAAAAUCAAUUAUUAAUAGCGUAAUUAAAAAUUAAA